AUGAAGUUUGUCUGCGUGUUGUCCUGCCUCAGCCUGCUGCUGGCAGCCGCCGCUGCCGGGUACCCCUACCCCUGCGCCUCUCCGCCUUUGUUGACUGGAGGAAUCUCCUUGGUCGCCGAUGGACAAUCCUUAGCUGGCACGCUUAUUUAUGACGCUUAUGGACAGAAGGUCAGGGUUAAAACUGAGGGAUUUGCCGGCAAUGGGACCUUUUCUCUGGAACAGCUGCUGCUCUUCCAUGAGGAAGUUUAUUUCGAGAUCGACUGGAAGAAAUUCAGUUGCCGAAAGAAGAAGCUGGACUCUGGCUUCAGUCCCCUGCAAGUGGACCCUGAAGCGAAGCCAACGGGUCAGGUGAUCCUGGGCUCCAGCUCCUCUUCCGGGAUGGGAGUGCUCGUCAGCAGCUGGCAGGGAGAACUUCCAGGAAACGGCACCUACUUCACCAACUUUUCUGAGAUUGGCUGCAUCCCCAUCACUUACGCUGCUUUUGGUCCAGAAUUCGGGUUCACCUUCCUCAGCACCUACAACUGGGUGAUCGGCAUCUUUAACCCUAACGACCUGCAGAUUCCUCCCAUCUGUGCCUUUGCUCAAAUGGAGAAAUCAGGGAAACCAGAUACCUUCUUCUCUGCUUUGGCGUCUUUGGCCAGGCAGACGGCGAGAAGCGACUGA